UUGAGAAAGGGCAUUUGUUGAGGGACUAUAUAAUAUCAUCUCAGGUUAUGAUCACUUCUCACAAUCGCUCCAUCUAAACACUAAAGCAGAAGAAGUGUUGAGGGAAAAAAAAAAGUAAGAACAAAAGAGAGAAGCAUGUCUGUGAGAGCAAUCCAAUCAUUGGUGGUUCUGGUUAUUCUCAUCGGAUCCCAUGAGUCCACUCCUAUCCCCGACGGUCUCCGGAAGGUAGAGGAAGCCUUUGUCAAGAUCUUAGGCCAAUCCAGUCACCUUCUCUCCUUCGCUCGCUUCACUCACAAGUAUGGGAAAAAGUAUCAGCAUGCGGAGGAGAUAAAGCACCGUUUCUCGGUGUUCAAAGAGAAUCUUGAUUUGAUCAGAUCCACCAACAAGAAAGACUUAUCUUACAAACUCGGUGUCAAUCAAUUUGCUGAUAUGACCAAAGAAGAGUUUCAAAGGAACAAGAUCGGUGCUUCGCAACACCCCUUUGCCACUUCAAAGGGCAGCCACAGUCCCACAAAAAGAGCGCUUUUGCAAACCUCAGCUCCUAGUGCUAAAGACUGGAGAGAAGAUGGUGUUGUUAGCCGGGUCAAAAAUCAGGGAUCAUGUUUAGAAGGUUCUUGGGCAUUUAGCGCAACUGGAGCUGUUGAGUCAGCUUACCAUAUUAAACAUGGUACCGGAAUAGAAUUAUCUGAGCAACAGCUGAUAGAUUGUUCGUCAUCCUUCGGUUCAGCUGGCUGCAUUGAUGGUCAUCCUUACCAAGCCUUUGAUUACAUGAAAUCCAAAGGAAUCAACAAUGCCACACAGUAUCCUUACCUAGCUGUCCAAGGACUGUGCAGAAGUAACUCGGACUCUGUUGUAAAUGUCACAGGAUAUGUCGCUGUCGCUUUGCAACAGCGUGAUGAACUUGAACUGAUGAAAGCGGUUGGAACCAUCGGGCCAGUUAGCGUAUCAUUAGGCGUUUCAUCCACACUCCAGCAUUACAUCAGCGGAGUCUUCACUGGUAGCGACUGUGAAGUUUCAAGCGUCCAACAUCAUGCUUUGGUGGUUGGUUAUGGAAAUGAUGGAAGUCGCGACUAUUGGAUUAUAAAGAACUCAUGGGGAGAGAAUUGGGGCGAUAAUGGUUACUUCAAGUUGGAGAGGGGAAGUAACAUGUGCGGUAAGUUAUUUUUAUGAAACCAUAAAACCAUUAUGAGUUAAAGCUACAUAUAUAUAUCUUCUUUUGGAUAUAACCGGUAAAAGAACGAUUCAGAGAGAGAGAUUCUCAGAUGAUCUGUCUUUUGCUGAUUCGUUGUUUUGCAGGUAUUACAACAAUGCCAAUAUACCCGAUUGUGGCCUGAGAUGAUCAGCAUGUGAAAGCAUGAUACGUUUGCAUAUUUAUUUGAUUAAGACAUUACUUGAAAGUUGGCACUUGGGACUUGGGAGUGCACAUUGUUGUGUUUAUGCUUGUUGUAACAUAUGGUCUGUUCAUAUGUACCGAAUAAAGGUAAAAUAUAUGUGAAACUUAAUAAUAUAUAUAUAUGCGUGCAUGUUAAAUAUAUCAAUAUAAAUUAUUUAGAAUGAAAUAUCUUCGUAAGUCAACUUUGGAAUACAAUAUACAGCUUACUAAAUGAUUAAUGAAUAUAGGUCUAAAUUAUUUGAACUCCUGGUGGCUGGUGCUAAUAAAACUUUUUACUGACCCGAACAGUGAAUCAGAAACUUGGCUCCUCUUCUUGGAAACUGAAGAAGGAAAGGAGAGCUUCUUCUGGUCUCUGAGUAUAUGUCUAAUGGAAGUCUUGAUCGGUACUUGUUUCACAGAGAAAAGCCGCCUCUUUCAUG